AUGGCACGAACGAAGCAAACUGCAAGGAUAUCCACCGGGGGUAAAGGUCCAAGGAUACAACUCGCCACCAAAGCCGCAAGGAAACAUGGUGUACCGUACAACGGUGGUGUUAAGAGGGCUCACCAUUACCGUCCCGGACCGGCUGUACUUCGUCCACAUGCUAAAAUCACAAUCUCAGAUCCAUUUAAAAAUAAUAGGGUUAGAGGAAUUGCUCUAUCGAGAGAUAGGUUCCAGUUCAUCUUCAAGAAUGAAGAAGACAUACAUGAGAUCUUAAAAACUGGGGUUUGGACGCAAGAUGAUUGGGGUGUUGUUAUGGAAAGAUGGGUUGAAAAUCCUCCUCCUGAUUAUCUGAAGUUUAUGCCGGUUUGGAUUAGACUCUCUUAUGAUAGUGCUCUGGCAAGGAAUAGACGUCUGCUUAAACCUACUCUCCAAGACCGUGGGCGUGUCUUAACUGCCCUACCUGCUCAAUGGGAGCUUUACGACAGGGUGCACGGUCGAAUUCUGGAUGAUAGUUAUGUUCAAUUCAGGUUUAGUUCAGAGAGUGACUUAGCCUCUGUUCUCAGAAGGGGACCCUGGGUGUUUGAAAAAUGGUUUGUUGCUCUUCAAAGGUGGGAAGACUUUCCUGGAGAGGAUUUCCUUACAUCUAUUGACCUGUGGGUUCAAAUCAGAGGUAUCCCCCUUCCUUAUGUCUCUAACACAACGGUUAGGUUCAUUGCUAAUACUCUUGGUGAGGUUGUUGCCUUGGAUUUCAAUGAUGAGACUACUACACAGAUAGCCUUUAUCAGGGUAAAGAUUAGAUUUGAACUUACAAACCGACUUCGCUUCUUUAGAAAGGUCAGAUUUGAAACUGGAGAAAGAGCCAUGAUAGGAAGAAGAAGUGUUAUCCGUCACAGCAGCUGUACUGGAGACAUUAAAUCAGAUCAGAGCUCCGCAAUCUCUUCCUAUUCCCCUAUCUCUCAGCCGCCGAGACCUGCUUCUCCAGCGCCGAAUCUUGAGGAGUUUUUAGCUGCUAACCCUCUCCAAUGUUUCCCGUCUUCAAGUUCAGCCUCCAUCAAAAUCUCAUCAGAUUCUCUGUUUUCUAAAACUGGAAAUCCAAAAGAAAAUUAUGAAAUUGGUGAGAGCUCGAAGAGGAAAAAAGGGAAACAGGUGCACAUGGAGACUGAUAGGAACACACGUCAAUGCAGAAAGGAUCCAGGACUGAGGUUCUAUCCGGUUUUACCAUAAACCUCUAAGGAAAAUGAUUAACAAGUCAGGAAUCUCAGGAACUAAUAGCCUUUAUUUCUGAGAUUCUUCUUUUUGGUUUAAUCCUUUUGUAGGAUGUGUCUUGCUUUAGUUUUUUUUAUGUUGACAAUGGUGUUUGGUUCACCUCUUGGUGCCUUGGCUAUGGUUAUUUUGAUGAAGGUAAAGGUCGUGGAAGAAAUUCAUGAAGACCUUUGAUGACUGUUUUUUGAAGAUGAUGUGGUGAGAUGUAAGGUUCUGUCAUUCCUCUUUACUUAUGAAGUAUGCUUUAAGACCGGCUGCAAUGAAUUACAUUGUUUUGAUGGUCUUAAUGAGAGAGUGAUGAAGACAGACUUACUUCACUAGCAUCUACCUUAUUUUAGCAGUUAUGUUGUAGUUUAAAUCUGCUGUGUUUCCAAGCUUGUUGUAAUAACUUGACUCUCCAACUUGGU